AUGGAGUCAUCAAGAGCUGCUAGUAGAGACCACAGGCAACCUCUUGAGGUCUUUGAAACUUCACUGGAACAAGGCAUAGGACAGCAAGGUGGCAGUAGGGGUCAGGGUGUAGAAGUGCAAGUACUUCAAGCGCAAGGUGAAGCAUUCGGGAUCUCCACCACUGACAGAGAGUCUGUCAAUAAGUGGAUGGCAUUUGAGCAGGCCAGUGGAGCUGCUGACGCUCCCAUUGCAGACUUGAAUGGAAAGGCCAGAGCAGGAGGAAAAGAUAAUGGCAAUGUGAAUAAAACAGGCGAUCGGAUUCUAACGGAAGCUAACAUAGCAGCAAGGACUGCAGAAUGGGGACUGGUGGUGAGGACAGACGUGGGAGAAGGUAGUUUCUGUGGAACAAGUAUGAAUGCAAGAAAUUCAUUUGAGGGAGGCGAUAAAAAAAGCAAGGAUUCGUCACAGAGAUUGGCAGUCGAAUCAAUCAGGACAUCAGAGGACUCAAUAGUUGGAUCUGCAUUCCCAAGGGUAUCUCAGGAUUUGAAGGACGCUUUGGCAACGCUGCAACAGACAUUUGUUGUGUCCGAUGCCACUAAACCUGAUUGCCCUAUCAUGUAUGCAAGCAGCGGCUUUUUCAGCAUGACUGGUUAUUCUUCAAAGGAGGUUAUUGGAAAGAAUUGCCGUUUUCUACAGGGGCCAGAGACAGACCAAAAUGAAGUGGAGAAGAUACGGAGUGCUGUCAGAACAGGAAAAAGUUAUUGUGGGAGGCUCUUGAAUUACAAGAAAGAUGGCACUCGUUUUUGGAAUCUCCUGACAAUCAGCCCUAUCAAAGAUGACAGUGGAAGGGCUAUCAAAUUUAUAGGAAUGCAGGUUGAGGUUAGCAAAUACACAGAAGGUGUGUAUGACAAGGCACUACGACCAAAUGGAUUGCCUAAGUCGCUAAUCCGUUAUGAUGCUCGUCAAAAGGAAGAGGCUUUAGGUUCCAUCAUAGAGGUUGUACAAACUUUGAAGCAUCCAAGACCUGACAUUCAGUCGGUAAAUCAAGAAACAACUAGCAUACAUGAAGAUGAGAAGUUAAACCUCAAUUUUAUGCUCCCUAGCUCUGCUGAAACUGAAAGCAUGAGUACACCUGGUAGACAAACUCCUCAAUUGUACUUUAGAAGUGAUCUAUCUCGCUCAAGUUCCCAUCAGGAGUCUGAAAAAAAAGCUAGAAAAUCAGGACGCAUUUCAUUAAUGGGGUGA